AACCCCUACUGAAGAAAAGUUCUACUGCAUCAUGGUCCUGCUAGUCCUACUCUCUCUCCUUCCAACUUGUUUCUGUACGUCAUUACAUUGGCAACAACAACAAACACCUUGGGAUCCUCCUCCUCCUCCGCCACAACCUGACAAGCAGGACUGUUCUAUGAUCCACUCCCUUGACCCGUCCAGGCCCAGUGGGGAGUUCACCAUCUUCCCUGUGGAGCCCUACAACACCCCCCUGCAGGUCUACUGUGACAUGGAGACUGAUGGGGGAGGCUGGACAGUGUUCCAGAGAAGGGUGGAUGGCACUUUGAACUUCUACAGGCCCUGGAAUCAGUACAAGAAGGGCUUUGGGAAUAAAAAUGGCGAGCACUGGCUGGGCCUGGACAACAUCCACCUGCUGAGCAAGGCAGGGAAUUAUGAGCUGAGGGUGGACAUGGAGGACUGGGAGGGGAAAAAGGUGUACGCUCAGUACACGUCCUUCUCUGUGGCCCCCGAGAGUGCAGGAUACACACUGAAAUUGGGCAGCUUCAUCAAUGGAGGAGCAGGUGAUAGCAUGGAUGGGCAUGGUGGAAUGAAAUUCAGCACUUUUGACAAAGACCAGGAUGCAUAUGGUGAUGGCAAUUGUGCUAAACUGUAUCUUGGGGCCUUCUGGUAUGGUGCCUGUCAUUAUGCCAACCCCAAUGGGGUGUACAGGCAGGGGGCUGAUACCACACCGUUUGCUGUUGGUGUUGAGUGGUACCAUUUUAAAGGUUAUAAUUACUCCAUGAAGACCUUCAGCAUGAAGAUCAGACGUAGAUCAGUGGUUAAAGACCAGCAGAAAAUGCAACACUAUUAAUUUUAAAUCUUCAUUGAAAUAAAUGUUCUGCAUUCA